AUGUUCACCUCCAACGACCCCGCUGACGACGACGACGACGACCUUUCCGCCGAGCUCUCGUCGUACAACGCGGCGCAGCUUUGGCGCGGCGACAGCGCUACCACCAACUCUGGCGACGACUACGGUUUGUUUAUCCCGUCAUUCAACCACCGGCAGCAGCGCGCCGUUCCGCUCGGGCCGAGAGAGGUCUUCAAUUUUGUUUACAAGGUCGUCCAGAAGGGGCGCAACGCGGCCGAGCCCGCGUUACUGCAUAAGGAGGCCGCAGCCAAGGAGAACAGGUCGCAGCCAGAGGAGACGGCGUUCAAGCUCAAGCACGGCACUUGUUUGGAGACCUCCGUCGCCGUCGCAUGGAACUGCGUCCCCAAGCUGUCCGCCAUUGUGGCUGCUCCAGCCGACGCAGACGCGGACGCGGACGAAGCAUUCCAUCGCGAGCUUUCUAGCGGCGGGGUGCUGGCCACGGGCCGGCGCGGGAAUGUCGCCGUACGCUGGACGUGCGUGCAUUGGCGGCCGCCGGCGUUGAUCGAGGACGUGCUUGUUGCUUUUUCGGGCCCGCCUGUAUGUAAUGUGGGCGACAGAUUGUCCGUUUCCGUCACGAUUCUUAAUCAGACGGCAGACGACCUCGUGUCGGCCGCGGUGUGCGUCCAGCAGGAGGAAGAUGCUCAGAUGGAUUUGCUCGCUUUGAGGACGGUGCUCGUGGUCGGGCAUAUUGCUUCGGGGCAGGAAACGACUGUACAGAUCCCUUGCAUUGCUUUCAGGGCAGGGUCGUUGUCGCUAGGACCUGUGCAAAUUAUGGACCGCGGGAAUCCAGAGGAGAACAGAACUGUGUGGACGUCGCAGGCCGCGUAUGCGGUCUUCGUGGUGGAUCCCAAGGCGCUUAUACCGGGCGACCCGCAGCCACCGAGGCCCUUUGUCGUACAGGAGAACGAAACAAAUAUGAUUGCCGGCUAAUGUCAAGACGAAGUAUCCUGCAAUGAAAGUCUAGUUCAUAAAACUGGCCUUCAUCGCAACGCAAUGAAAGGGAUGGCUCAGUAUUGGCUUCCUAUCGCAUGGUGGCAUUCGGCAAGCACAACAUCGGGUUUACAGUUUACAUCAAAAUGUGACAGAGAUGCGGUUUUUUCUUCCAAGCGCCGCUUUCGACGUCGUGGUUGGAUAAGAAAUUCCAUCUCGAUUUCGUCUGGACCCCCACACUCCCUUUAAUUUGGAUCCACGCACAUGCGGUACUCACCUGUACUGCCAACAACAAGAACAUACAUAAAAUGAUUUCAUCAUG